UUUCUGAAUAUGAAGUCACAAAUAUCCUUCCUGCUGGUGCUGCUUUUUAUGAACAUUGUUCGGGGCGGUGAAGGCUUUUAUCCUGAACGAUAUCAGGAACGAUAUCAGAAACACCCAGGCGUGCCAAUGAAAGGGCCAGCAUUCCUACCUUUCAACAUGAAAAGUCAUGUUGUACAGACUCGAGGAGAGCAAGGACCAGCUGGACCAGCUGGCCCCCCUGGCGCUCCUGGCCCAAGAGGACUCCCAGGCCCUUCAGGAUCUCCAGGAAAACCAGGAUAUGGAAGCCAAGGGGCUCCAGGGCCACAGGGGCCCCCAGGACCACCAGGACUUUCAGCUGUUGGAAAGCCAGGCGUGCCAGGCUUACAAGGAAGACCAGGGGACAGAGGACCGUCUGGUGAAAAGGGAGACAUGGGACCUGCUGGUCUUCCCGGCCCAAGAGGUCCCCCAGGGGCCCCUGGAAUUCCUGGCCCCGCUGGGAUUUCUGUUGCUGGUAAACAAGGACUGCCAGGGCCACAGGGUCUUAGGGGUGCCUCUGGAGAAAAAGGUGAGCCGGGCAUCCCUGGUUUAAAUGGACAGAAGGGAGAAACAGGGUAUGGGGCUCCAGGUCGCCCAGGGGAGAAAGGUCCACCAGGGCCACAGGGGCCUGCGGGGCCACCAGGACUUGCAGGGAUAGGGAAGCCAGGAGAAAGGGGAUUUCCAGGGCAACCAGGUAUUAAAGGGGAUCGGGGGUUUCCAGGCAGCGCAGGACCAGUUGGCACCCCAGGGCCCCAAGGACCUCCAGGGGAACGCGGAGAACCAGGAAUAGGGAAGCCUGGGCCCAGUGGAUCACCGGGUUUACCAGGCAGUCCUGGGGCAAAAGGGCUCCCAGGGCCUGCAGGCUUGACUGGACCUGCUGGUCUCCCAGGAUUUGGAAAACCAGGGUUGCCUGGCAUGAAGGGAAACAGAGGGCCUGAAGGUCUUCCCGGCAUCCCAGGAGGCAAGGGAGAACAAGGUCCUAUGGGAGCCCCUGGGGAGGCAGGGCCAUCUGGGCCCCCAGGGAAUACAGGCCCCCAAGGGCUCCGAGGUGCACCUGGUGAAAAUGGCACACCUGGCCUAAAGGGUGAAAGAGGACCUGCAGGGGCAGCAGGGUUCCCAGGCAUUAAAGGAGAGCGUGGUCUACCAGGAGUAGAUGGAAAACCAGGAUUUUCAGGGGAGCCAGGAAUUCCUGGUCCCAAAGGGCAGCCAGGGUUUCCAGGCCCCAAAGGGGAUGCUGGUCAUGCUGGGCCACCUGGCCUUCCUGGACCAAUGGGUGCAUCAGGACCUAAGGGAGCAGAUGGAAUUGAUGGUGAACCCGGGCCCAGAGGGUCACCUGGAAUACCAGGUACAAAAGGACCAGUGGGUCCUCCAGGUAUUCCAGGAAUCCCUGGCAGCAAAGGAGACACAGGUGUACCAGGAUUACCAGGUCCAGCUGGCAUUGCUUCAAAGGGUAUGGAUGGGCCUAUGGGACCUACUGGGCUUCCAGGUCCCAAGGGUCACCCUGGACAGCCUGGGCUGCCAGGCCCCCCAGGUCCACCUGGUCCCCCGGGUCCUGGAAUCCCACAAGGUCAGGCCAUAGCAGGCGUCCCUGUUAUAAAAGCUGGUGGUGCAAUCCAAGGCCUUACUGGCAUGCCAGUCUCAGCUUUCAGUGUCAUUCUUUCAAAAGCUUACCCUCCAUCAGCUGCUCCCAUAAAAUUUGACAAGAUUCUGUACAACAGACAACAACACUAUGACCCCAGGUCGGGAAUUUUCACCUGCAGAAUACCCGGACUUUACUAUUUUGCUUACCAUGUUCAUGUGAAAGGAACACAUGUGUGGGUUGGCCUAUACAAAAACGGUUCACCCAUCAUGUACACAUUUGAUGAGUACAAGAAAGGAUACCUUGAUCAAGCUUCUGGUAGUGCUGUUGUUGAUCUAAUGGAAAAUGAUCAAGUCUGGCUGCAACUCCCCGACAAUGAAUCAAAUGGCCUCUUUUCUUCAGAGUAUGUCCAUUCCUCUUUCUCAGGUUUCUUAUUUGCACAAAUAUAACAUCCCAUCAAGAUCAAAGUUUUAUACUACUAGAUAUCUAGUAGCAACUGAACACAACACAUAAUUACAUUUCUAAGGCAAAUGUUGCAUGGUGCAUAUCUUAGGUGCUAU